AUGACUACAAACGAGUCCCCCAACGUCGAGCGCCUCGUCGACCUGGAAAAGUCGGCGUCGGCCGAGCAUGUAUCCACGUCCGGAACGCAGUCCGAGGUCGAGCUGAACGACCUGCACGGCUUUACCGAAAACGAGCGAAAGAAGCUGAUGCACAAAAAAACUAGGCGCCGCAUCGACCUCCGCCUCCUGCCCAUCCUCGGCCUCAUGUACUGCAUCUCGCUCAUCGACCGGAGCAACCUGGGCCUGGCCAUGAUUGCGGGCAUGUCCAAGGACCUGGGAUUGGCCAAGGGCAACAGAUACUCGAUUGUUGUGCUCUUGUUUUUCGUGUCUUACAUUAUAUUCGAAAUCCCUUCGAACCUAAUCCUUCCCCGCGCCGGACCCGCAAACUGGCUAACCUUCCUCGGCGUGGGCUUCGGCGUCGUCAUGCUGGGCAUGGGCUUCGUCAAGAGCUGGGGCGUGCUGGCACUGUGCCGGUUCCUGCUCGGCACCCUCGAGGCGGGCUUCCUGCCCGGCUGCGCAUAUCUGAUCAGCUGCUGGUACACGCGCUACGAGGUCGGGAAGCGCCUGGCGGCUUUUGCCAUGAUCUCGAUCGUCGUGGGCGCGUUUGCCAACGUCUUUUCGUAUGCGCUUUCGCGGCUGGCGGGCAAGGGUGGGCUCAACGGGUGGAACUGGAUCUUCAUCGUCCAAGGCGCCGUCACAAUCGUCGUCGCGCUGCUGGGCUGGUUCGUGAUAAUCGACUUCCCCAGCCGGGCCAACAAGUUCCUCACGCCCCGCGAGCAAGCCUACGUCCUGGCCCGCAUCAACCAGGACCGCGGCGACGCCGAGGAGGACGCCGUGACGCGCGCCAAGAUCCUCCACCACCUCGGGGACUGGAAGCUGUACUUUUGGGCCUUCAACCUGCUGGCGUCCGCCGUGCCGGGCUACGCGCUCGUCUUCUUCAUGCCCAUCAUCCUGCGCGACGGCAUGGGCUUCAGCACCGCCGACUCGAUGCUGCUCAUGGCGCCGCCCUCGGGCUCGGCCUUGAUCCUGGCCCUCGCCGCCGCCUGGGCCGGCGACCGGUACAAGAUCCGCGGGCCGAUCGUGGCCUUUUGCCAGCUCAUGUCUGCCGUCGGGCUGUUGGUCUUGGUGUAUAGUACGAGCAAUGGGGCCAAAUUGUUUGGUGGCUUUUGGUGCUUCAGUUUCAUCACCUAUACUCCCCCUGGAAUUCUUACCUUCCAGGCCAACAACAUCACCUCGCAUUCCAAGCGCGCCGUGUCAUCGGCGACGUGCUUGAUCGGCGGCGGUAUUGGAGGUAUUAUUGCCAGCGUUGCCUUUGUUUCCAGGGAAAGCCCAAGGUAUUUGUCCGGAGUGUGGACGACCGUGGCCUUGUUGCUGGUUAGUAUCGUGCUUAUAAUCAUCAUGGACGUAUACUUUUGGCACCGCAACAAGGCCGCCAGGGAGGGCAGGGUGCUAAAUGAGGGUAUAAAUGGGUGGAUGUACACGCUAUAA